AUGGCGGGGGCAGUCUUUGUGUCAUUAGGGGAGCACGUGCGUUUCCGCGGCGGCAAUUUGGAAGCAGCUUCUGUCUUCAGCUGGAAGACGGAAACUGCACCGCGCGGACAGAUGAACAUAAAAGCUGCCGCCGAAUUGUCGCUGCUGCGGAAACGCGAUGCUUCAUCUGCAGACAUUAGGAAAGCAUAUCGCAAGCUUUCACUAACUUUACACCCAGACAAGAACAAGGAUGAAAAUGCAGAAACCCAGUUUAGACAAUUGGUGGCUAUCUAUGAGGUUUUAAAGGAUGAAGAGAGAAGGAAGAGGUAUGAUGAUAUUCUGAUCAAUGGACUACCAGAUUGGCGACAGCCUGUAUUCUACUACAGGCGGGUGAGAAAAAUGAGCAAUGCUGAGCUGGCAUUACUCUUGUUCAUUAUUCUCACAGUGGGUCAUUAUGCUGUGGUUUGGUCAAUCUACGUGGAAAAACAGCUGGAUGAACUGCUUAGCAAAAAAAAGAGAGAUAAGAAGAAAAAGACAGGAGGCAGGAGUACAGAUGAAGUAAAACUUGGGGCUGCUGACAAAAACGAAAGAUCAUUGGAAAAACCACAGUGGCGUGAUUUACUUCCGUGCAAGCUGGGAAUUUGGUUUUGUCUUACUGUAAAAGCAUUACCUCAGCUGUUGCAGGAUGCCAGACAAUUAUAUGUAGAAUAUAAAGAAACAAAAAUGAAGGCGAGAGAAGAUGCCCUGGCUAGAGCUGAACUUGAAACACUUCUGAAGGAGAAGAAACCUAAAGUCAAGAAACCAAAGUCUGAAUUCCCUAUAUAUACUCCUUCAGAAUCCAAUGCAUACAUACCAUCAUAUGAACAUGGAGCUUCUAUUGAAGAGAUUGAGGAACAGAUGGAUGAUUGGUUGGAAAAUAAGAACAGAACAUACAAAAAAAAGGCACCUGAAUGGACAGAAGAGGACCUUAGCCAGCUGACAAGAAGUAUGGUUAAGUUCCCUGGAGGGACCCCAGGUCGAUGGGAAAAGAUUGCUCAUGAAUUGGGUCGAUCAGUGCCAGAUGUUACCAUGAAGACCAAGCAACUGAAGGAAUCUGUUACACAUACUCCAGGAAUUGUUAGACUCUCUGAGCUUAAAAACUUGGCCCAGAAUUCCAGAAAUGCCAAAACCAACAUGGAUUUGCCAGACCAUAUAAUUACGCAGCGAGAAAUAGAUGAGGAGGAGAAAGAGGAGGAGGAGGAGAACUAUAAUCGUGACCCAGAACAGAUGGUUAUUCCAGCAGAUCACAGAGAGACCAUGACAAGCGAAACCAGACACCGCAAGCGAAGAACAGCCAAAGCAUCUGAAAUAAUUUUAGCAACGAUGAAAGAGGUGGCAGAAGAUAAAUGCAGGGGAAAGCGUCAGAGAGACUUUGACUACACAGAACAGAAUGAAUAUAGCGAUGAUGAGACCAGAAAAAAAGAGAAAAGCCACAAUUCCGAAGAAUUGUGGACUCAAAAUCAACAGAAACUUCUUGAACUAGCCUUACAGCAGUAUCCAAAGGGAACAUCAGACCGCUGGGAUAAGAUAGCAAAAUGCGUCCCAGGAAAAAGUAAGGAAGAGUGUGUGGCAAGAUACAAGUUGCUUGUUGAACUGGUACAAAAGAAGAAAAUGGCUAAAAGCUGAAUCUUCUCAGCAAAAGAGUUUUAUUUCUAUUUUUCAGAAUGAGAUAUUUUAAAUCUCAUAUGCAGAAGUUUGCAUUUUUGUACUGCAGUAUUUCUAUGUCAUGUGCCUUAGUAAACGAAAAUAUCAAUAAAUUUUAUGCCAUCUUGCUUAACCA